AUGGAUCAAAUGAAUCACAAACAACACUCCACAGAGGUCGAAGAUGUUGGGCCUAAAACCGACAAUAUGCAUACCGAAGUUGAUAGCUACGUUCCUGAUACCGAAGAAGAGAAGAGGCUUGUGAGGAAGAUAGACCUGUAUCUUCUUCCUACAAUCUGGAUUAUGUAUCUCUUGUCAUAUGUGGAUAGAACAAAGUUAGUAUUGCCUUACUCUACACGCACCUGGAUCGAAGUUCUAACAGCAUAUAGUAUCGGCAAUGCAAAAGUAGCAGGCAUGGCUACCGAUCUAGGUCUCGAUUCCAACCGUUACUCAAUCGUACUCGUGGUAUUUUUCGUCGUCUACGUUGCUUUUGGCGUUCCUUACAACAUGGUCUUGUCUCGAAUCUGUCCUUCCAUCUUCCUCCCAACUAUCAUGUUCUUAUGGGGAGUAGUCACAAUCGGCAUGGGCUUUGCACCAAACUACAAGUCCCUCAUCGCUUUCCGCAUCAUCGUCGGUUCCCUAGAAGCAGGCUUCGCUCCCGGUGUGCUCCUCCUGCUCUCCUCGUGGUACAAGCGCAACGAGCAGAGCAAACGCUUCUCCAUCUACAUCUCAGCCGCUAUCCUCUCGGGUGCCUUCGGCGGCUUGAUUGCCGGCGGUAUCGAAGGGGGUUUAGACAACCGUAUGGGUAUCGCUGGAUGGAGGUGGCUGUUCAUCAUCGAGGGCGCGCUGAGUGCUGGCUGGGCCGUCAUUGCUUCUUUUAUCCUGUUGGAUUUCCCGGCCAAUAGUACGAGGUUGACUGAGCGCGAACGCGAACUCGCUGUGCAACGCAUUCUUUCCGAGGGCCAAUCAGUGCGUUCGGAAGAGUUUCCUGAUCUCACUCAUGGGGAAGCUUUGACAUUGGCGUUGAAAAACUGGCGGACGUGGGCUUUCACCAUUGGGUAUAUGGGCAUUGUUGGUUCGUCUACGCUUACAUACUUCUAUCCAACUCUCGUCAAAGGACUAGGUUACACGUCCGUACAAGCUCAGUAUAUGACUGUUCCUAUCUACGCUGCCGCUUUUGUCUGCACUGGCAUCACAGGCUACCUUACAGACAAAGUUAUCCAUCUGCGCGGCCUGAUAAUUGCAUCGUGGUUGACGGUCUCAGCCAUCUGCUCCAUCAUCAUCUGCAUCAUGUAUAAUUUCAUUGGAAGAUAUGUUUUGCUUGUUUUGAUGGCGUCUGGGCUUUGGGUCGCAAAUGCGUUGAGUUUGAGCUAUGCUUCGAGCACCUUUGGCUCGUUGCCAAACGAGACAAAGGCUGUGUGCUUGGCCAUUGUCAACUCUUUAGGGAACUUGGCUCAGAUCUACGGCUCGUAUCUCUUUCCGUCGACCGAUGCACCAAAAUACAUUAUGGGUUUCGGUGUCAUCAGCGGAUUAUGCAGUCUCAGCGUUGUAAUAAUUGAGACUGAAAGCGAAGGUUACCUGUGUGGGAGGACGUAA